AUGUUAACAAAGGAAAUUUGGAAUGCUUUGAAGAGUAAGUAUAAAGCGGAAGAAGAAGGAUACCGGAAGAAAAUAAUUCAUAGUUCCGAAGAUUAUUCUUUGGAACAAUUACAAAAACAUCUUCGGAUUGAAGAAGAAUCCAGAUUGCGUGAUAGAGGUGAAAAUUCUUCGGAAGGAACUUCUAAAUCCAAUGCCGUUGAGAAAUCUGAACCGCCUACAAAGUCUAACAAAAGGAAGCCUUCAAGGAACUUUAACAAGUCCAAGAAGAAGACCAAAGGAGGAUGCUUUGUGUGUGGUAAAUCUGGACACUACACAAAUGAUUGUAGACACCGAAAAAGAAACAACUCCAAAGUGCAUGGAUCAUAUGAUAAAUCUUUAUUUAAAACUUAUCAAGAAGUAGAUGGAGAUCAAGAGAUUCAAAUGGGCAACGAAGUUCAGUCCAAAGUAAUUGGCAAGGGAAAUAUUGAUAUUAUCUUCACUUUCGGGAAAACCGUUAGCUUUACUAAUGUACUACAUGUUCCAGAAAUGAAUAGGAACUUGGUUAGUGGAAAUCUCUUAGAAAAAUGGGGCAUCAAAUGUGUGUGUGAAUCUGGUAAACUUGUAUUAUCCCUUAAAGGGAAUUUUGUUGGAAAAUGCUAUUCUUGUGAUGAAAUGAAAGGAAGGAAACCAAACAUUGAAUAUUUCAAAGUGUGGGGGUGUCUUACGUAUUGCAAGAACACGAACCCUAUUAGAACCAAAUUAGGUCCAAGAGGCAUCAAAUGUGUUUUUGUUGGAUAUGUUAACAAUAGCAAAUCUUCUAGAUUGCUAAAUUUGGAGACCAAUAUGAUCAUCGAAUCAAGUGAUGUAAAGUUCUUUGAAGAUUCGUUAUCUUCGGAAGGAUAUGAGUUGAAUGUAGUAAGAACAAUUUCUUUUGUUCUACAAGUAGAAAUCGACCCUAAAACUUAUAAAGAAGCUAUGACUUCUCAUGAUAGCAUCUUUUGGAAAGAUGCAAUUAAAGAUGAAAUGGAUUUGAUGUUGUCUAAUAAAACUUGGGAACUUGUCGAUCUAUCACCCGGAUCCAAACCUAUUGGAUUUCAAUGCACAAGACCGGAUAUAGCUUAUGUAAUAAGUAAACUUAGUAGGUCUACUAGCAAUAAAAGCAAUUAUCACUGGAAAGUUAUUGGGAGAGUUCUUGGAUACCUAAAGAAAACCAAGAAAUUAGGUCUACAAUAUACUAAAUUCCCAGCGGUAUUAGAAGGAUUUACCGAUGCUAGUUGGAUAUCUAGCACAAAUGAAAGUAAAUCCACCUUGGGUUGGGUGUUCACUCUAGGAGUAGGUGCUGUUUCUUGGAAGUCAAAGAAACAAACAUGCAUAACACACUCGACCAUGGAAUCAAAAUUUGUAGCCCUAUCAGAUACAGGAAAGGAAGUUGAGUAG